AUGGAACUUGGGCACUUCAGUUUUGUGCGGUAUCCGGCACCGGCAUGCCGUUUCCUUCUCUCGUCUCUCGCUCUUGCACCGUGCUUUAUCCAAGCCUCCUCCGCCACAAAUGAAACCGACAAACUCGCGCUGCUCGCAUUUAAGGCCGCAGCCAAAGACCCUUACGGGGCGCUUGCCUCGUGGAAUGACACCGUCGGGUUUUGCCAUUGGCACGGUGUCACAUGCGGCCCGAGGCACCCGAGGGUUACGGCCCCGAACUUGACAUCGCUAGGACUCUCGGGGCCCAUCUCUCCUCACAUUGGAAACCUAAGCUUCUUGAGUGAAAUUGAUCUCCAGAAUAAUAGUCUCGUUCGAGAAAUCCCUCCGCAAGUCGGGCGGUUGCGCCGCCUGCGUUUUCUACGGCUAGACAACAAUUCACUGGCCGGCGAAAUUCCUAGAAACAUGUCAGCUUGCUCAAAGCUCGUAGUCCUCAGCAUUCCAUUCAACCAACUAAUCGGAGUAAUUCCCACAGAACUCGGUUCAUUUACGAAGCUACGAUUUUUGUCCUUCUAUAAAAAUGCACUCUCUGGAAAUGUGCCUUCCUUCUUUGGGAACUUAUCUUCACCGCAGGUUCUUCAACUCACGGAAAAUAACUUGGGCGGGAGCAUUCCCGAAGAUCUAGGCCGCCCGACAAGUUUACAUACUAUCACCGUCUCGGGAAACAGAUUCUCCGGUACAAUUCCGCCUUCAUUGCUCAAUCUCUCCUCUCUAACCCAGUUCGGCGUUUUAGACAACCGGAUACAAGGGAGUCUUCCUGCAGGCUUAGGCUUGACGCUCCCAAAUCGUCAAAUUUUCAGCAUUUCCACGAACCAACUUGAGGGACCGAUUCCUCCCUCGGUGUCCAAUUGGACAAAGCUAGAGGUUAUUCAAUCCGGACCGAACAAGCUUUCAGGGAAAGUGCCUUCUUUCGGAAAUAUGCCUAGGCUUUGGCAUUUUUCCAUCUUCGAUAACCAGCUGGGAAAUGGGAAUUCUGAAGACUUGAGCUUCGUAUGCUCAUUGACAAACUCCACCAGACUAGAUUUCUUCGAAAUUGGUUGGAACAGACUUGGCGGGGCACCGCCCAAAUGCAUAGGUAAUUUCUCGUGCACUCUCGUAGUGUUCGACGUGAGUGAGAACCUUAUAUUUGGUGCGAUUCCCGGAGAGAUUGGAAGUCUAGUCAACCCGCACCGGCUAGAUAUGUAUUCCAACAAGUUUUCGGGGGAGGUUCCCUCAAAUUUCGGGAAUCUGCAAAAUCUAGGGGUAUUGCAGUUAAUGGAUAACAACCUGGGAGGGACUAUCCCAACUUCUUUGGGGAAUCUAACCAAGUUGAUCAUGCUAAGUCUUCGUUGGAACAACUUUCAUGGGGAAAUUCCUUCACAUCCGUCAAAGUGUCAAUCUCUGCGGUGA